CACAGCGCAGAAGUUAUCAUCAUGACUGCAGCGCGUGAUCAGUAAUAGCCUAAUAAUAAUAAUAAUGCACAUGACAUAUUGAUGACCUAAAAUGGCAUUAUUAUAAUUGCAUGUGAAAUUAUUUAGGAUGUUUAUUCAGUUAUAUUUUUUUUAAACUAAUCAUUUAAUAGAAAACUUUAUAAGCGAAGACUAUGAAUUUAAGUGCUUCAGUGAGCUGCUAAAAUUGAGAAAAGAAUAUGUAAGUAUGUUGUUUAAUCUAGGCAGCAAGAGGUGAUAGUCAUCUUGGGACCGAGACAAGUUAGUCAUAUUGGCAUAAUGUUAAUAAAAGGAUUCGUCUAGGACCCAAAUAUCGCCUACCUGAGGACAAUGACCAUGAGCGGCAGUAAUCACACUAUGCGAUCUGUGCCACUGGAUCUUACCAACAAAACCAGAGAGCGUGGGAGCAGCGCGCAGACGGGAGACCAAGGUCGCCCUAGACAUACUCCAGAAAGACAGGUGAAACCGGAGCACAAGUGCAGCAAUGGACACGGAAUUCUUCCGUCUGAACCACAGGACAGUUGUGAUGGAGCAGAAUCGCAGACGACUCAAACGGACGAUGUAAGGGGAAACAGGACGCGUGAGGGUCCCAAACAAACCCGACCUGUAACCCCCAGCGUGAAGUGCAUCACUCAGACCGACGCUGCAGGGAAGCCGGCGGAUUCCUCAGUUUCCAAGCUUCCGUUAAGGAAACGUCCUUUCCCUCCGGAUGUGGAUCAUGAUAGCAGUGGUCCAAGAAAUAUUCCACAGAGCCCGUCUGCAAAAUUGCAAAUACAAACACAAACAGGUGCAGCACGGAAAUCCAAUCCAAUUCUUGAAAUCCAGAGCUUUAAUGACUCUCAGUUCGUGCAACACGUACCAUAUCUUAUACAAGGCUAUCCAUAUUUCCCGUGUCCUCGGCAGUACACCAGUCCUCAGAAAUCCAGUCUUUCGCCUCCUUAUACGUUGGAAAGCACAGAUCGGAUACUGGCAGAUAUUGCUGCGGCAACUCAUCAGGAUGAAGAUGGUGACACACCUCUUCACAUUGCUGUGGUCAAGGGGAACAUCCAGCUGGUCAGUUGGCUUAUUGAAAUAUUUCGACGGGCCCGCAAAGACCUGGACAUUUUCAAUAACCUAUGGCAGACACCAUUGCACUUGGCUGUAAUCACCAAGCAGCCUAUUCUGGUGAAAGCUUUGCUGGAUGCAGGAUCUGACCCUGGAGCACUGGACCGUAAUGGACAGACAGCGCUGCACUUGUGCUGCGAGCACGAACAUGUAGACUGCCUCUCUGUCAUUCUCGGACACUACCCCCAAAACCCUUCACCCCACCUGGAGAUCAGGAACUAUGAGGGUCUGACGCCCCUCCACCUGGCUGUGCAGAAUGGAAAUGAAACAUUGACAAGACUCUUAUUGGAGAGCGGAGCAGAAAUCAACGCUGGGGAUAAUAAGAGCGGUCGCAGUGCACUGAUUCAUGCUGUAGAAAACAACUCUAAUGACAUGGUCAUAUUGCUGAUCGAGAGUGGGUGUGAUGUAAACGCACAGUCUUACAGUGGGAACACAGCCUUACACAGCGCCUGUGGCAGAGGUCAGAUAGAGAUUGUCAGGGUCUUGCUGAAGAAUGGAGCUGACAGUAGUCUUAAAAACAACCACAAUGACACCGCCAUCAUGGUAGCAAAAAACAAAAAGGUGUCUGAUGUGCUGCGUGGGAGGGGCACUCGCAGUUGCACUGGAAAAACGGGUAAUGGCUCACUGUCCCCUGGCAGCUCCAACCAUUCUCCCCGGAUGACUCCCACAUUUCAGCGCAGUACAUCACAUUCUCCUGUGACUCCAAAUUUACCACGAAGUCAGUCAGCGGAGAGCAUUUCAGAACGUCAAUCACCGAUGAACAGCAAUGAAAAAACACUUUUGCAAAUGUUGCCUCGGACACACCAUAAUAUAGCAGACAACAGGGCAGGCUACGGAAUGGCUUUCCAUCCUUUCCAUUAUCUGUCACCGUCUGGGUACGACCAAAUGAAGCCCACUGUCUCUCACAUCCAGAGAAGUACUCUAAUCACUAACCCUCUUUACUAUCCCCCUGGUAUUCAAAGACCUCCAUAUUACCCAGAUGCACACAUAAUCUUUCUCCCCAGUAUCCACGUGCCAAUCACACAUGGUUCUCCCUCACAGGGUGCCAUUAACCAAUCACGGCCAUCCAGCCGCAGCAGUGACCAAUCAGACAUGUCUACUGUGAGCGUAAACAGUGAAGAAAGAGGUGUGAGUUGAUAGCUGCUAGAUAUUUAAGCAGCUGGCCAUCUUAAAGGGAUAGUUUACCAAAAAUCCUGUUUGAACAUAUGUAGUAACCAAAUGGCUUUGGUGACCAUAGACUUCUAUUGAAAAAAAAAAACUGAGACAUGGGUUUGGAGUGACAUGAGAGUGAGUAAAUUAUGAUUUUUGAGUGAACUGACUCGUUUAUAAGUGGUGUUUGAAUAUUUUUUGUGGUUGGUAACAUACUGACUGAUUAUAGCAUUUAUAUGUAUCUAAGCAUUUUUUUUUUAAUCUUUUCACAUUUUUAAAAGUUGAUUUUCAUGUUUUGAAGUGUUGCAAAAUCAAUAAUAUGUAACUGUAUAUUUGUGUUACCAAGUGUUUUGCUGCAUAAUUGAAAUGAUUUUGGUGAUUUUGUCAUGCAUUUUAAAGAGCUCUGAUAUUUAUACUUCUAUAGCAAGACAGCAGAAUUAUCUUUUAUUUUUUCCUGUUUUCAUUUGUGGUUUUCUUUUGUUUACCAUGGAGUCUGUUUAUUUAUUGACAACAUUUUGUUUUUCCCAUGUUCAGAUUGUCCAGAUUUAAGUUACCCAAAUUCGUAUGACAGAAAAUAGCAUUCGUAUUUACAAAAAAUGUAAUUGUCAAAAAUUGUAUAUCACACAGUAAGGCCCUCAAAAGGGUGUUAUUAGGGUACACACGACAGCCAAUAUCAACCAAGUACAAUGCCUAGAGGCCAGGAUAGUUUUAUCUACAAUAAACAUUGUCAACUAUUGUCAAAGAAAACAUUCUGAGAUUGAGAUUUUUUUUGCAGUUAUGUAUAUUGUUUAUGUGCAUGUUGAUAACGCCAUGUACACCAAAAUUGUGACUUUUAUUGCCACUUUUAUUUUAGUGCAAAUCUUUGAAUGGCAGCUUAAAAUCUCUGAUGAAGUUCUGUGACAAAUUAUGAGUUUUGAAUCACUGUCCAGUGGCUUAAAAUGGAUAAUCUUGUAGAAAGCCAAUUUGGAAAAAAGUAACUGUGGUAGCUAGAGAAUUAAAACCAUUCCCAGAAUCUUUAGAAACUGUGAUUAAAUACCAACACGGGCUUUUAUGUUUUGCCAUAAAGGUACUUAAUUGUGAUAUCUGACAGUUAUGUGAAUGUAUAAAUUUUGAUUUUCAUAUGAAUGUGUGAAUAUAAGUGCAGAAAUAUAAAGAAGCAUAGUUUGCUUUGAAUAAAUAAUGCAUAUUUUUAUACAUAUCUGUACAUUUCAUGACUAAUAUUUGUAUAAUACAGUAGCCUACAUGAUUAUUUCUUCAACAUUAAGCACUUUUGGAACAACGACAACAAAAAUAUUUUAAUGAUUUUCUUUUUGUCAUAUGAAGGUCACAUUAAAACUGUCUUUGAAACUUU